GCGGGUACAUUUAUUUUAUAUAUUUGUAUAGCAUGGCUGUCCAUUGUGUUUUUCAGUUACAGUUGUAAACAUAGAUCAUUGGUUAAAGGGAAAUUGUUAUCCUAAUGUGUUCCCUGAGGACACAGAUAUCCCAUAAAGAACUUGUGCUUUAAUUAUCCAAAACUAUUCCGUCCUGCAUAACAAUUUCCAAUGAAAUUCCUGUGGCUGUGCCGAGCAUAGAGGUCUUAACUGCAUCGCCCCUCUGCUGUCUAAGGGGGAAAUGAGAGACACAGAGCAGAGUGUGCAGAUUACUAACAGACUCUCAGUGAGCCUCCUCAGCUUGGAAGACUUAUUAACAGUUUCCUCUUAAUAAAACCACCCACCAUUUCAGAGCAGAAUUUGUGUUUGUUUUAAAUAAGAUACAGCUUGCAGGAGAAAAAUAAAUCACCUAUUAUCAUUUCAAAGGGGAUUUGUCAUUACAGAAAUGAGCUGGAGUGUGAUUGCAGGACAGAGAGGCGGUCACAACAGAGCUCUGCUGUGGUGCUUUUACAGACAAGGUGUUCUUUGGUGCUGAUUUGUUUAAAACAACAUGCAAUGGGUUUAAAGCUGUAAUUUUGUGUUGCAUUGAUGAGUGCGGAAUUAGAUAUUCAGUGUUUUGUGCUGGUAAUUAGUAUGAAACUUGCAUUGCUCUUUUCCUAUUAAAAAAAACACACACACACACAAUACACAUUCUGACCACCCUGGUUUGAUAAAUUUGAGUGGCAAUGUCCUGAGCCUCACUCUGUCAAUUAUGGUUGAUCAUUUACAGCAGGGAACGUGCCAGAAUUUCCAGAGCUUGGUUGACUAAACCAUUGCAGAGAAACUAAACAAAAGUAUAGUUAUUGGAAGAGUUUUUCAUAAAGGCACAUCAUGAAUAAAUUAAUUGAAGUUAGUAGAUGGGUUGAUAGGAGAUUAAUUCUCUUUUGAAAACACUAACGUCCACCACCAACGGCUAUAGUGUACAGUAAACUGUCUUUAAGGUGGUCCGUUCUUACCUGUUCGAAAACCCCAGAAAAGAUUUAGCUGUUUUUUUUUUCUCUAAUAUUCCUUACUAGUGGAAUCUAAGUAUAAAAACCGAAAACAAAAAAACAAACUAUGAUCAGAACAAAAUCACUAAUCUGAAAAGAGUCCGGUCCCAAAUGGUUUGGAUUGGCAAAAGUCUUCCAAGAUUCCAACAUACCGUACCGAAUUCUGACUGUAACAUGGCACUUGUUCUAAAGUGUCACCUGUAGGCAUGCUAUGUUAACCAUGUAUAAUUAAUGGGACAGCAGCUGCUUAUCAAGGCGUUUGGUCUUUGUCAUGCAAAACCUUUCCCAUUGAGCCACUCCAGUGAAUUAGCUUGGGACAGAUGAUUUGCAGUUUCCGGGUCUUUUUUUCAUAUUUAAUGCCGGGUGGAUCAUAUUACAUUGUUUCCAGGUGUCUUUAAAAUACCGCAGCUUAUCAGCUCCUUUUUGAUGACAAAGCGCCGACUUGUUUUCUAAAGGUUAUCAUGCUCUUCUAUAGUCAUAAAUGACCUUUGGUUAUGGAUUGUAAACAUUUUGAUGGUUUUGUAAUGUUGAAAAUGACUAAGCAGGUUCUGUAUUAAUGAGAAGCUUGUCUUGGAAGAUAACCUGGCGGAGGCUGCUGUAGUAAAUCUUGAGAAAUCAUUUAAUCUCAAAGGGAUGAAAUAGAGUUUGCAGCUAUGACCUCAUGCCAGGGUUUCUCCAGCGUAAAGUACGUUUGCAAGAUUUGUGUCACCCCGAAAACGUCUUCUAUCUUAUUAGAGAAUGCUGUUGGUGUUUAACUGGUUGUAGUCGUGUAUUAAGCUCCAUUUGCUUUAAUAAUGUGAAGUCUUCUGAUGCUCUUACAGUAUAACUAUGAACUUGAUGAAUAACACUGUCCAAUAAGUUGUUGGAGGACACUAGUAAUAAGUAAUGGAAGACAUUUCCAAAAGUGUUUGGCCCACUCAGACGCUGUUGAUUCCUAUACCAUCUGCCGCAGCAUGUCUGGUCAUCUUCCAACCAGAAAGACCCAUCACAGUUAUGGAUCACGCCCAAUUGAAUUGCUAAGCAAAUACUCUUUCCUCUGCUAGGUAAAUGAGUUUAACAUCAGACACAAACACAGGUUGAAGUUGCUAUUCCCACACUGAGCUCUACCUCUUCAUCUUUGAAAGCUGUUACAGUAAAUCACAGCAGCUGAGGUAAACAGUUGUUGUUGUGCCAGUUUUAUUAAGUGAAUUGCCAGGAAUGGAUGAAACUAUGCUCGCCUUUGCAUUGGAGAGGAAUCGUUGCCAUGAAUUGCAUAUUAAAAACGACCACAGCUGUGCUUUAUACAUGGGAAACCGGAGGCAAGUCUAAUUAAUGUUUCUCAUUCCAAACCUUGUAAAUAAACCUACACAAUGUUAUUGUUAGCAUUAGUGCCAGCACAAAGGGGAGAGCGAGUUUGAAGCUAUUUAAAUGACAAAGAAAGUGAGCGAGGAGUGAAGGAUGAGUCAAUGGCACCAUUAUGGGGAUUUAUUAUAAUCCUUUUUAUGCCAUUUUUUUCUUGUGUCAACAAGUAUGGUAUAUGCAUAAUGCAUUAUUUUUAGUAGUUUUUCUACACAUUUUGUGUCAUUCACAUAAUUGAAUAAAGGACUGCUGGGUACAAACAGGUUAGCAGUGCAGUCAGGUAGUGUAAGCCCUUGUUAGUAUUUAAAGACUCAACACUGCAUCUAUUAGUUUCAGUUGUACUUGUUUCAGCAUGUCGUGUAUACUGAUAACAUUACAUUAACAUUAGUGGGAAGUCACAAUUCUUGCUGAGGCUUGUGGACAGGGGUUCGAGAGCUGGAGUCAAAUGCCAGGAUCAUUGGGAGGGGGAAAUGGCAGAUGACUGUAUGCUGCAGAGGUUAACAGAUACUUGGCUGCAUUUGAAGAAACACAGUUUUGUUUUCAAAGGUUUGGCUGAUACGGCAGUGGAGUGUCUCAUUUUUGCCCCUGCUUUGGGUGUGGGUGAGAAACACUAGUUGGAGCAGACAGUGGACUAUACUUGUCAUGUUAUUUCACCUGUGUUCUUCCCUGCAGAUUAUGCUGUAGUUCAGCAUGUCAAUGUUCGGCUUCUGUUGACCCAUACACCACUAUCAGCACUAAUCUUAAUAAUGUUACCAAGAUCCAAGAUUAGUGCUAAUCGGAGUCUGUGAAGCUAAAGUUCAGGAUUUAGUUCUGCUCGAGUUUACCUAACUGAGCCUCUAAUCCAGCUAUCAAGUCUAAAACACUUUUCCCUUUAAAAAGUGUUGUUGUUUCAUUUUGAUUCUAGUGUAAUCUUUACUUUGUUCAGAUUCAAAUCAGAAUUUUCUUCAAAUCGUUAAGAGUAGGCCAGGUGUUGUUUUUGGUGUUGUACUCACAAACUGGCACUUUUCAAGUUCUUUAAGCAUAAAACUGGAUGUGAGUUAAGGAAUACUAAAAGAAACUAAAAUUCUAUGACAAACAUUUUGACUGGAACUCUUUUUCAGUUAUGUUAUGCUGGAUGUGCCAGGUCCUUCUCUCUUAUUCUUGUUUGACUAAAUGUUGUUUUUCCAGGAGAGGGGGCAGCUGUUCUCUUGAGAUCCCUGGAGCCUCUUCAGGGUCUGGAUACGAUGAGGGAGCUGCGGAGUGCCAGGAGGAAAGAGAACGCACGCCCUUUGAAAGACAAGGAGCUCUGCAACGGGCCAUCCAAGCUGUGCCAGGCUCUGGAUAUCCAGCGGGGGUUUGACCGGCGGGAUCUGGCCUCGGACCGUGAGGUCUGGCUGGAGCAGGGUCCUGACAGCCCGAACCCCGAGACUGUGGUGUCUGCCCCUCGCAUCGGCAUCAACUAUGCCGGGGAGUGGGCCUCCAAACCACUGCGCUUUUACAUCCAAGGGAACAGCUGCGUCAGCGUGGUGGACAAGGCAGCUGAGAGGGCAAGCAACACGUGACUCAGGGAGUUUUUUUAUUAUUAUUUUUUUUUUUACUUUUAAUUAUAACUAGUGCUUAAAGAACAAAGCACUGCAACAGAUUAACUGAAUGUGUUCUUAUCUAACAACAAUAAAGGUUUUAUUCAAAUAAGACACUAUUAGGAUCCAUUUUUGGCAGUGAAAGAUAAUACAAUGCUGCUACAGCCAUUUAUUGUAAGGAGCUCUUUCUGCUAUACAGCCACUAACCACACACAACCAACUAUGCCAUUGACAUUGUGCAGGCUUUGUUCUUCCAGCGAGAAAAUUGUUACAAUCAAGUGUGCCAAGUUUAGAUAUGCAGUAUCUGUUUGUCUUCUCCCGUGUUCAGUGCCUCGGCCAGUGUUUCUCCAUGCUUCCCCCAGUCUCUUGGCUAAGUCUACCCCCCAGAUGUUUGAAAUGUUCCUAUUAGCUGACAACAGCAGGUGUUCAUGAGUUCACGUGUGUUUGUGCCAUUGUUGGUGU